GAGCUGAACGUCCGUGAACUAACCGUAACUUCUGACAAAGAGCGUUAUGGCAUUCGACUUCGUGCUAAAUUAAAUCACCGAGUGUUAGGCUCUCGUCUCCGCCAAGACUACAAGCAGAUAGUUGAGGCCGCCAAGCUAUUGAGUUUUAUCGAACUCGAGCAAUUUCAGCAGGUUUAUGCCUCCAUAUUAAUCCAAUGCGUUUUUAUAGCUUGCUGUAAAUAA